UGUUAAACCAAUGAGAUUCGAAAACGUAACUUGUGGGCGUGUCUAAGCGACGAGCCAUAGAAACAUAUAAAUAGAAGCCCAACCCUCAUAUUUUCAAAUACGAGAUACUACGUGGGAGAGAUCGUGGUUUCAAGACUGAGAAACAAUGGCUCGAACCAAGCAGACCGCGCGUAAAUCAACCGGAGGAAAGGCGCCAAGAAAACAGCUGGCGACCAAAGCCGCUCGGAAGAGCGCGCCCUCUACCGGCGGAGUCAAGAAGCCGCACAGAUACAGGCCCGGAACUGUUGCUCUGAGAGAGAUUCGUCGUUAUCAGAAGUCAACAGAGCUGCUCAUCCGCAAGCUGCCGUUUCAGCGUCUGGUUCGGGAGAUCGCGCAGGACUUCAAAACCGAUCUGAGGUUCCAGAGUGCAGCCAUUGGUGCACUUCAGGAAGCAAGCGAGGCCUACCUUGUCGGUCUGUUUGAGGACACUAACUUGUGUGCCAUUCAUGCCAAGAGAGUCACAAUCAUGCCCAAGGAUAUCCAGCUUGCAAGGCGAAUCAGAGGAGAGAGGGCCUAAUUUUCAUUUCACAAAUCUUUUUUUAAUUUCUUUUUUUUUUAUCCUUUUUAUUUUAACUUUUAAUGAGAAACACUCAAAGUAAAAGCGAUGGAUUUGUACAUUGGAGUCAUUUUGUAAAUCAUUCCUUACAGACUCAGGUUUUUAAAGUGAGUGUCUAGAUUAACCCUUGUAGAGCUCGUCGUGAAGCAGCUUUAGUUGCAUGCUUUAAUGUAUUUAUCACUUCUCUUUUACAUUGAUCAUUGGGUUGUAAAUAAAAUUACUCUACCUCAAA